AUGGAUGCUGUGACCAUGCAAUCUGUGACCCUAGAUUCACUCCAUGCAUCAAUCACCCUCUCGCCAUCUGAUGUGUUAUUGUAUCUCAAGUUUGUGGCUAUUGCGAGUUUCACAAUUCUGUGCUGGGAUCAUAUGAUCACCUUUGUGGAUGAGGUAGACUUGAUCUGGUGUAAACACAAAGGACUUGCUGGGUACCUCUUUCUGCUGAAUCAAUAUAUCACACCUCUGGGAUUUGUUGUCAAAAUUAUUGGUGAGUCAGUGCUGACCCUCCCCAAUUGGCCCACAGAGGUUUGUGGCUUCCGAUCUAAAGAUGACUGGCAUCAAACUGCUGUUAAGUUGCAGAAAUUUCGUCAGAUAUCAAGUUCAAGUGCGAUGAUAAGGGUCCAUGCUUUGUAUUGGGAAUGCAGGCUUGUCAUUGCGGCCAUAGGCCUUCUCUUAUUAGUCCAGGUUGCAUUUGAGGCAUAUUUGAUGGCUCUUGGCAAAACCUGUCAUGAGGUUUAUGAUUUGCCGCUCAAUGUCAGGGCUCUCUCUGUUACUCAGGCAUGGUUGCCUUUGGCAUAUGACACUGCCAUUUUUGUCAUGACCCUAUGGCGCACCUUGCCCAAGCAUCGGAGUGGAAUUAGUCCUAUUGAUCCUAUGUUGCCAACAUUCCAAUCCAAUGGUGCAUUGUACUACAUUAUCAUCUGUUCUGCUAACCUAGUACUGACUGUGAUGAUAAUACAAGUGCCCCCAGGCCUGAAGGGCAUUGCUGCUCAGAGCAACAUGACUUUGAAUGAGAAGGAAUUACAAGAAGACUAUAAGUCUGAGGCUCGUAUGUAA